CUUUCACUCAUAUUGCAGAUAUUCGUGCACAGGGCACGAGACCUGCAUCGCAGCCAUGAAGGUGGUUCUGCUCCCACAAGCCCUACUUCUCCUCCAAUAUGCUCAUCUAGCAUCCACGGCGGCCGGCCCCUCGACUCAGACAGGAGCCCUGGAGUAUCUGCACGACGCUCCUUUAGACACUGCCUUUGUCCUCUCUCUAAUCCUUACCCGGCACAAUCUCGAACACCUCGAGCCGCUUUUGAAGGCGGUUUCCACGCCGGGCAGCCCUCAAUAUGGUCAGUACCUCGACCGCGACGAGGUGAAUACCCUUUUCCCCAUCGCCAACGCCACUCCCGUGCUCGAGUGGCUUCAUCGAUCCGAGAUAAAUGUGACAUGCCUAGAGGGAGGGGUCUUGGAGCUUCAUACCGAAGUGGCAAAGGCGAAUGCACUCUUCCAAACCACCUUUGCUUACUAUCGGAGUGGUUCCUCCGAGACCCUCAGCAUGGAUCAUUAUACCGUUCCUGCGCACCUGGAGAGCUCCAUUGAUCUAGUGACCACCACUGUGGUUCAGGCCAAGAGUCGCCUGGCGAAGCGGGAGUCUUCUCCCUCCCGGCUCGUUCGACGAGCCGCUGGGUCGCGAACGGCAUCGAGCAUCCCAUGUGAGAGCUCCAUCACGCCAUCCUGCCUGAGGGAGAUGUAUAAUAUCGGGAAUUAUACCCCCCAGGUCGGUACGGGCAGUCGCAUUGGUUUCACCAGCUUCCUGAACCAAUCCGCCCUCUACGCGGACAUAGCGCGCUAUGAGAAAUUCUUCGGGCUGCCGGCGGAAAACAUCACCACGGAGCUCAUUCAGAGAGCGGACAAUGAUCAGAAUGGGACCACCGCGAGCUAUAUCGAAGCCAAUCUGGAUGCCGAGCUAAUUGUUGCGCUCAGUGGGCCGUUGCCGACGGUGGAGUUUAUCACCGGGGGCUCCCCUCCUUUCACCCCCAAUCUCGACGAACCCACCAUUAACCGAAAUGAACCAUACCUCGCCUACUAUGAGAACCUGAUGCUGAGAUCCAAUGCGGAACUGCCUCAGGUCAUUUCCAACUCCUACGGAGAUGACGAACAGACAGUCCCGAUCGCGUAUGCGAAGCGAGUGUGCAACAUGAUCGGUCUGAUGGGUCUCCGCGGGAUCUCUAUUCUACAAUCCUCCGGCGACACUGGUAUUGGCUCCCCCUGUCAGUCGAACGAUGGGAGCCGGACCCCGGAAUUCACCCCCAUCUUCCCCGCCACCUGCCCCUAUAUCACCGCCAUUGGUGGGACGCAGGGGUUCGAGCCCGAGAUAGCCUGGAACGCGAGUUCCGGCGGAUUCAGCAAUUAUUUCCCACGCGCCUGGUAUCAAGACACCGCGGUGGGAACCUAUCUGGACCAAUAUCUCUCCGACGAGACGCACGAGUAUUAUGCCCGAUACACCAACUUCUCCGGGCGCGGGUUCCCGGAUGUAUCCGCCCACAGCAUGUAUCCCGAUUACAAGGUCAUCUACGACGGCUAUUUCUACGGUUCCGGAGGCACCUCGGCCUCGUGCCCCGUCUUCGCCGCCAUUGUCGCCUUGUUGAACGACGCGCGCCUAGCCGCGGGCCGCCCCGCGCUGGGAUUCCUGAACCCUCUCAUGUACGCCCUCCGGUCCUCGGCGGCAUGGCGCGACAUCGAGGUGGGCCAGGCCAAUGGCUGCAACGGGGUGAAUCCCCAGACCAACCGCCGGGUCCCCGGCGCCAGUGUCAUUCCUUGGGCCCACUGGAAUGCGACAACCGGAUGGGAUCCAGUGACGGGGCUGGGGACGCCCGAUUUCGCGCAACUGAAGGCGCUGGUGCUUGCACUUUAACACCCACACUCUCUCACACACUCUCUUCUCCGAGAUCUGUUGAGAAUGUCUCAUCAUGGUGAGAAGAUCAAUGGCGUUUUGAUAUACAUGAAUUCCAUCUCUGGCUAGAAACAACUCAGUGGUCACAUUUCUGAAGAUGAGAGUAACAAAGGUUGUGAGGGGAGGGGAUAGUAUGUACUGUUAAGGACGGGGGAAUACUGCGCAGGUGGCCUUGUAUUGAAUGUCGAAUCGAGUCGAUUACUCUUAGAAAAGUAAGAGCCAUUCUGAAGGAUGGUACUUCUUCUUGUACAAGAUAUGGUGGCACAAUACUGCAAAACUAAGGCAACAACCCAGGUUCUCUCUUUG